GGUGACCUUCGAGGAGGUGGCUGUGUAUUUCACCCAGGGGCAGGGGGCUCUGCUGGACCCCGCUCAGAGAGCCCUCUACAGGGACGUCAUGCAGGAGAACUACGAGACGGUGACCUCACUGGGAUUCCCCCUUCCGAAACCUGAGCUGAUCGCCCGGCUGGAACGAGGGGAAGAGCCCUGGGUUUCUGAUCUCCAAGUCUGCGAGGAAAGAAGGCUUCUGAGAAGCACCCGUACAGCAGGUGCUGAGCGAGGGAGUGAGAAUGAGGCGGGGAAUCAUCAUGAGGAAGUUCCUGGGGAACUGGAACCGCAGGGGACCUUUGUGGGAAGAGCUGAAGGGAAUUUUUCCCAGUGCUUGGAGCAGGCAGAAGCCUGGGGAAGUUGGCACAGGUCAGAGAGGCUUCUGGGACACCUCCCAGGGAAGAAAGUGGAUGAAUCUGUUAACGGUGGGGGAGGAGAGGAGGAUCCCACAGCGCCGCAGACAAAUCCCAAGAAAGAGACACGCUGGCACUACCUUCAGUCUCUCGAGUGCGGGAAAUGUUUCAUAUCAAAGACACAAAUAAUUAGACAUCAGUUAAGCCACACAGGGGAGAGACCCCACAACUGCUUGGACUGUGGGAAAAGUUUAAUAAGAAAGUCAAACCUUGUUAAACAUCAGGCAUUACAAACAGGAGCGAGACCCCACAAGUGCUUGGACUGUGGGAAAAGUUUCACAAGAAGGUCACACCUUGUUUAUCAUCAGGCAAUCCACACAGGAGAGAGACCCCACAAGUGCUUGGACUGUGGGAAAAGUUUCAUACAGGGGUCAGACCUUGUUAAACAUCAGGCAUUACACACAGGAGAGAGACCCCACAAGUGCUUGGACUGUGGGAAAAGUUUCAUACAGAGGCCACACCUAGUUCACCAUCAGGCAUUACACACAGGAGAGAGACCCCACAGGUGCUUGGACUGUGGGAAAAGUUUCAUACAGAAGUCACACCUAGUUCGCCAUCAGGCAUUACACACAGGAGCGAGACCCCACAAGUGCUUGGACUGUGGGAAAAGUUUCAUAAGAAGGUCACACCUCGUUUAUCAUCAGGCAAUCCACACAGGAGAGAGACCCCACAAGUGCUUGGACUGUGGGAAAAGUUUCAUAGAGCGGUCAGACCUUGUUAAACAUCAGGCAAUCCACACAGGAGAAAAACCCCACAAGUGCUUGGACUGUGGGAAAAGUUUCAUACAGAGAUCAGACCUUGUUAAACAUCAGGCAUUACACACAGGAGAGAGACCCCACAAGUGCUUGGACUGUGGGAAAAGUUUCAUACAGAGGUCACGCCUAUUUCGCCAUCAGGCAUUACACACAGGAGAGAGACCCCACAAGUGCUUGGACUGUGGGAAAAGUUUCAUAGAGCGGUCAGACCUUGUUAAACAUCAGGCAAUCCACACAGAAGAGAGACCCCACAAGUGCUUGGACUGUGGGAAAAGUUUCAUACAGAGGUCACACCUAGUUCGCCAUCAGGCAUUACACACAGGAGAGAGACCCCACAAGUGCUUGGACUGUGGGAAAAGUUUCAUAGAGCGGUCAGACCUUGUUAAACAUCAGGCAAUCCACACAGGAGAAAGACCCCACAAGUGCUUGGACUGUGGGAAAAGUUUCAUAAGAAGGUCACACCUUGUUCAACAUCAGGCAAUCCAUACAGGAGAGAGACCCCACAAGUGCUUGGACUGCGGAAAGUGUUUCAUAUGGAGGUCUGACCUUAUUAAACAUGGAAGAAUCCACACAGGAUCUAAACUUCUGUGACACGUGGCAAGAAAGGUUUAAGCAACUUGCAUGUAAUUGACUCAGGGUCAACGUUUAGAGAGAGAUUUUAAAAGUGUGUCCACCUUAGAUAGCUAGAGAUUGAAAUGUAAAUGUGUAUUUUCAAAGACUUGGAAGAAGAGGGCAAGUCAUGUCUGAGUAACCUAAUUGCCUUCUAUGACGAGAUAACUGGCUCUGUGGAUGAGGGAAAAGCAGUGGAUGUGUUAUUCCUUGAUUUUAGCAAAGCUUUUAUAUGAUCUCCUACAGAAUUCUUGCCAGCAAGUUAAAGAAGUGUGGGCUGGAUGAAUGGACCAUAAAGUGGAUAGAAAGCUGGGUAGAUCGACGGACUCAACUGGUAGUGACCAAUGGCUCCAUGUCUCACCUGCUCCUGGAUACUGUUGUACUUAAAGUACUGCACAGGAUCUUUUCAGGGGGAAUAAGGCAAAACGCCACAUUUAUUAGUAAUACAUGUAUUCAUUAACCCUGUAUUAUAUGCAUAUAAUAUAUUACACUUACACUCACACACACACACACACAAACACACUCCGUCUCGUUGUACCAAUUAGUUGCUCCCCUUAACUUCACUGGCCAGGUGAGUUAGAUGGGGGAGGGGGUGGGGCCGGGCUUCUGCCGAUCCGGAUCGAUGCUCCCAUGUUGACAAGACGAGACCCGGGGUCCUCUGCAAGACACCUCACUUUUAUAGCAGCUUUCCUCUUAUGCAAAUUUAUACCAGAUUUAAACUCUGUGUCUGUGUUCAUUGGUCCUUUGUGUUGCUUUCUUUUGAGUGUUGUCCCAAUGCUGCAAAGAGGGUGUUUCCAAAAGAAGGUGCUUGCUUCUAACCCCCGAGGCCGUCAGUAUGUCUGCUUGUCUUUAAUGAGCCCACUUGACACGUUUUAUUGUCCUUGGGUCUGGCUCCCAGCCCCUUUCCAACAGUUGAGGCUGUCUGGAGGUGCUGCCUUCCAUGCCUUGCUCAUCCACACCUCAUUCAUUCAACAGGGCAAUUGAUUAAGAGGGGGUGGGGAGAGCUCUUGUUCUACUGCUAGCAAAAAGAAUUUUUCUUCUAUCUUAUUCUAUCCUUAGGGGCUAUAAAAUAUUAUACCAAGGGCAAUGCAAUGUUUCUAAAUGAGGCUUUGAUACAAAGUCCCAUGAAAACAAAUGUCACACGUGGGUAGACCCACCACAAGGUUAUAUGAAGAGGCACAAUGUAAAGUCAUAUGAAAAUUAUCAGAGAUUUAUCUACAAUACAACAUCAUCAGAGGGUUCUCAGUCUGCUUCUUCCGCCCUGAGACAUCAAGGGACUCUCCAGUACUCCUCCUCUGCGGGUUCCAAUUACCCAACGAGUGCAGGUCCUGGACUUCACCACCGCCGCUGAUGUGCUGACAACACAGUAAGAUAAAUAGGGUUUUUUCAGUUGGUGUUUAUAGAUAUAUGGAGAUAUACCUAUCUCAUAGAACUGGAAGGGACCUUGAAAGUCAUUGAGUCUAGCGCCCUGCCUUUACUAGCAGGACGAAGUACUGAUUUUGCCCUAGAUGGCCCCCUCAAGGAUUGAACUCAUAACCCUAGGUUUAGCAGACUAAUGCUCAAAUCACUAAGCUAUCCUAGGGUGAGUUGUAUUUUGGACCGGAGCUUCAUGUUCCUGUUUUAAAAGCUGCUGUUUCACUGUUUGUCUUGUUAUUUAGCUACUGUUCUUUCAUAUUUACCCCUUCCCUAUAUGGUAUUCAUUCCCUUCAUACACUUACCUGUUGUUUUCAUCUUUA